UGUGGUUCCGGUUCCGUCACCCAGACACGUGAAGGUCGGCGAGUCGGUUCAGUGCUCGCUUCGGCCCGCGUGGUCGCGCCGGGAUGGACUCCUCGUCGUCGUCUUCGGGCGCGGGUUUGGGCACCGUGGACCCGCAGUUGCAGCAUUUCAUCGAGGUGGAGACGCAGAAACAGCGCUUCCAGCAGCUGGUGCACCAGAUGACGGAACUUUGCUGGGAGAAGUGCAUGGAUAAACCUGGGCCAAAGUUGGACAGUCGGGCUGAGGCCUGUUUUGUGAACUGUGUUGAGCGCUUCAUUGAUACAAGCCAAUUCAUCUUAAAUCGACUGGAACAGACCCAGAAGUCCAAGCCGGUCUUCUCAGAAAGCCUUUCUGACUGAUCUCAGCAUUACCUCUGUGGAAAAGUAGUUCAAGAAACAAAAGCUGUUGAUGGGAUAACUGAAGAAAUGGUUAUGGGGGGGGGGGGUUGGCUCCCAAGUUUCUUGGGACAUCUUGUCACCUGAGAUUGAACAAAGACCAAUUUUUAUGUAUGGGAGUUGAGAGUCAUGUGUAUUUGGUUGUGUUUUUUAAAGCUAGUCUGUGAAAAUAAUUGAGAGAUAAAUGAAAUUACAAGAUGCGUUUUACUGUA